CUGGGAUGCAGAUGCGGGUUCUCCUUCUGCGUUGUGACAGGGUUGUGCUGCCCACGCAGGUCGUAAAGACCCUAGGCCCUCACUGCUGUGCUCGGUGUAGGUUUUGUGAGAGCUGAGCUGGGAUGGAGCAUGACUCACACACCACCUGGGAAUUCAAUGGCUCCUUCUAUCAGCCUUCAGCUUUCCUCAUGAUGGGCAUCCCGGGCCUGGAAGCCCUUCACCACUGGAUCUCCAUUCCUUUCUGUGUGCUAUACCUUGUUGCUCUCUUGGGGAACUGCACGAUCCUAUUCAUCAUAAAGAAGACCCAAAGUCUUCACGAGCCAAUGUACUAUUUCCUCUCCAUGCUGGCCGUCACUGAUCUAGUCUUGGUUCUCUGUACGUUGCCUACUACUCUGGGCAUCUUUUGGUUUAACAUGCAAAGGAUUGGGUUUGAUGCUUGCCUCACCCAGAUGUACUUCAUCCACACGCUGUCCUUCAUCGAAUCCUCUGUCCUCCUGGCAAUGGCAUUUGACCGCUUUGUUGCCAUCUCCCAUCCAUUGAGACACCCAUCCAUACUGACCAAGACGACGGUCAUAAAAAUAGGUCUUGCAAUUGUAUUACGAGGGGUGGUCUCCCUCCUUCCCAUUCCCUUCUUGCUCAAGAGACUGACCUAUUGCAGGAAGACUGAGCUUUCUCAUUCCUUUUGCUUCCAUCCUGACAUCAUGAACCUCGCAUGUGCAGAUAUAAAGGUCAAUGUCUUCUACGGAAUGGUUAUUCUCUUGUCAACAGUGGGGAUGGACUUCAUCUUCAUCGUGCUGUCCUACAUCCUGAUCAUUAAAACCAUUAUUGGACUUGCAACCAAGGAGGAGUGUCUCAAGGCUUUGAACACAUGCGUUUCCCACAUUUGUGCUGUUCUAGUGUUCUUCAUCCCAAUGAUCGGACUGUCCAUGAUCCAUCGUUUUGGAAAGAACGUUCCUCCUCUGGUUAACACUCUAGUGGCUUACACCUACCUCAUAAUUCCCCCCGCUCUCAACCCCAUUAUCUACAGCAUAAAAUCCAGCCACAUCCGCGAGGCUUUGCUCAGGACGCUGUGGAGGAAGAGUGAAUCCAACUGGUAGGUUCCUCCACUAGUUCUGCCAGAAAGUACCAGUGGAUUGGCUUCUUGGUCAGAGCUGGUGGACUUGUUUCAUCAUAGACUGUUUGGGGUUGGAAGGGACCUUAAGAUCACCCAGUUCCAUCCUCCUGCCAUGGUCAGGGACACCAUCCACUGGAUCAGGUCACUCCAAGCCCCAUCCAAACUGGCCUCGAACACCUUCAGGUUCAUUGUUCUCCAUCCAUGAGAGUCACUGCCAGAUGAAAGAACUGCAGCUCCACUCAACCGAGAGCCGAGAUCUUCUGUGUCUUUUCCUCGUAUGAUGCCUUCAUGCCUUCCAGCAGUCCGCAAACAUCCCAGGUAUUGACGUCUGUGACACAGACAGAUGGAAGCCCUACUUAGAGGGAGGCAGUUACAUAAGAAUGGUGGCCGGACUUUUUCUUUUCAAGUCACAUGAUGUGGUGGAUGAAGAAACCUCUACAAUGCGUGUCACGCCCACUCUAAUAACCAGAUAAAAGCAUGUAAUUUUCGCCCAGACUCCCUUGUGUGAGUUCAUCGCUUCCUCAAUAUGUGUUACAGCAUAGUUACCCGAGCAGCAAGCUCAACAAGACAUAGCUUGGGCCACGAGCCUGGAGCCACCCUGGAUAUCCCAGUCAUUAACUACUCAACUACAAACACCCCACAAGAUGGAGCCCAUUUCCAGAGGCCAAGCACAGAGCAGUUUUUGAAGAUGGGUCCAAUUUAGUGGACCCACAGCUCUCUCAGUCCUCCUAAUGACUCAGCCUUCAUCU